UGUGUGUGUGUUUGUAUGUGUGUGCGCGCGCACUCUAUUCCCACAAAAAACUAGUUAAAAUAAUUUAUUAUACGCUACUUACAAGGACAAGUAACUUGAGUCAACGAAUAAAGUUUUCUACAUAAAGUAACUUGAGAGCUCUCUCACGCGUCAUGGUGCACUUAAUACCACUUGCUAUGCCAUGUGGCAGAUCGGGGGUUUCUAAAUUCAUAUAGUCAAGUGUAGGAGGUAGUUAGGAUCGGACAUAGUUCUAGGAGGACACUAAUAAUCUAAGCCAAAUUUAAAGGUGGUUUAAAGUAUUUUGCGUAAUAGAAACAUCACUUAACUGUUUAUAGCGCACUUAAAAAGGCACUCAAUUAGAAUUCUCAAAUGAAAAAAUAUCUAGCCGGCCCCUCCCAUAUAGUUCUUUUUCAUCGAAGAAAAGGGGAAAUCAAAAAUGUAUUCUUAUGGUAACAACACCGCUAGAUCAGCAAGGGAUUGGUUUAUCCACUUUAUAUCAAUAGCAUACAGUAACCCUUGUACCUUGAGGAAAAGGGAUUAAAGCUUAUUCAAAAGGUAAGUGUUAAUGUUACGUUAAUAAUCACAAAUCAGAUGAAUGCACAAGAACAAGUAACAGAUUAUCUAGUCCAAACCGAAUACAGUAUUUAAUUUAGCUAAUGGUUAGGCAUUAGUCAAUAUUAGUGGCAAACCACAAAAUUAGUAAGUAGAAUUCCCAAAGUUGGCCGGUGGAGAGUGCGUUAGAGACAUUAGUCCUAAGUCACGUACAUUUGUCAACUCUGUCACGUAGUUGGACGCACGCAUAAUAACUUGUUCAUCUUCGUUUUCCAUUCCUCUUUACUCAUUAUUUUCCAAACAAACAGUCUCCCACAAAGAAGCCAAAUUCAGUGUACCCUCAAAUUUAAAGGUUUAGUAACAAAUUUGGUUUUUGGUUAGUCUUAGUUGAAUUAAGUUCAGAGAAGGAGAGUUGCAAGUUACUAUCAAGCCAUGGGUCUUGGGAAGAAGAAGAAAAAGGGUGCUUCUUUCCAAAUUGAUUACAUUGUACAUAUCCAGUCGAUUAGGCCAUGGCCCCCAUCAGAAUCAUUGAGGUCUGUUCAGUCAGUAUUACUUCAGUGGGAAAAUGGCGAUCGCAAUUCUGGAUUUGUGACUUCCUCUGUUGAGGAUGACUAUCUUGAAAUUAACAAGACUUUCACCUUAUUCUUAACUUUAUGUCGCGAGAAAAAAUCCAAAGAUAAAUUUCUAAAGAAUAAUUUGGAGUUCUCCCUGUAUGAAUAUACAAAGGAGAAUGCAGCUCAAGGUCAACUCUUGGGGACAGCUUCAAUUAAUUUUGCAGAAUAUGGAGUUAUCAAAGAAACAUUAGCUAUUAGUGUUCCUUUAAACUGCAAGAAGAGUUCAAAAAGCUUGCUGCAGCCAUCUCUAUAUGUUAAGGUUCAGCCAGCAAAAGAUAAACAAGAAUCAGACUUAAUGAUUGAUGAUGCUGAAGAUGAUUCGGAUGUUGCUUCUUACACUGAUGAUGAUAUUUCGUCGCAUUCAUCCUCAACUUUUGCCUCUUCUGUUUUUGAAGCUGCUUGGGCUUCACCAUCUAACAAUGUAAAGGUGGCAUGGCCCUCACCAUCUCGAGUUGUAAAGAAUGACAUGCAUGAAGAGGCAGCCAGCGGAAUGAGCAAAACUGAAGAAAAUACUCAGAUAUCUAAAGAAAAAUACAUUGACAGAUUGAUAUCAAAAAUUACGUCUUCACAUAUGCAUACUCAGGCAGGUGUGGACAGUCAAAGUAGUGCGGAUGAAACAACAGAACAUGAUUUUGGACAGGACGAACUGUUCCUCGAUGACACAAGAGACUUGUCAGACAACAAAAUAGCUAAAAGUAUGAAAAGACAAGGUACGAUGAGUUCCAUUCGUAAAGCUCUUGGAGCUCAGAUCACACAUGGUCGAUUGAAGGCAGUGAAGUCUGUUCAGAUAAGAGACUCUGCAAGUGCAAAUGUAUUUUUGGGAAACACAGAGAUUAUUAAGAAAGAAAUGAAAGAACACGCAACAAUAGAAACUAGUAGUAUUGCUAAAAGUACAGUAGUGGAGGACAAAAAACCAAAGAAUACUACCAGUACUUCAGCAACUGAAAAAAGGGCUCCUGCAAACGUUAUGUCAAAGAGUAAACCUGAAUCAGAAUCUAGAAUUCAGAUGCUUGAGGAAGAACUGAAAGAAGCUGCAGCUAUUGAAGUUGGCCUUUAUUCUGUAGUUGCUGAGCAUGGAAGUUCAAUGAACAAAGUUCACACUCCGGCCAGGCGCCUUGCUAGAUUUUAUCUCCAUGCUUGGAGAACAAAAUCCACUGCUAAACAGGCAAGUGCUGCUAGAGCCGCUGUCUCAGGAUUAGCUUUGGUCUCAAAAGCAUGUGGAAGCGACGUUCCAAGGCUAACUUUCUGGUUGUCGAAUUCCAUUAUGUUAAGAGCAAUCAUCAGUCAGGCUGCUGCAGGAGUGCAAUUUAAUGAAGGGGCACCAACUGAAACUACUGGCAACAGAGGUAGGUCUGCGUUGGAAAAAAUAUAUAUGCAGCAAAGCAUCAAAUCAAUUGCUAGCCAAGGGAACAAGAGUCAUUUAGUUAAGCAAUAUUAUAACUGGGAGGACAUCGAAUCAUUCACUCAAGCAUUGGAAAAGCUUGAAGCCUGGAUUUUCUCCAAAAUCACCAAGUCUCUUUGGUGGCAGACUCUGACUCCACAUAUGCAGUUUUCGACUGCAAAAACUAGUAAGACUAGGGGCUCAAGGGUGAAGAAAACAUAUGGGAGUAGAAAUUCAUUGGGUGAUCAAGAGCAGGGCAAAUUUUCUGUAAAACUUUGGAAAAGGGCUCUGAAAGAUGCCUGUGAAAGGCUUUGUCCACUUCGGGCAGGCGGCCAUAAAUGUGGCUGCUUACCUGUUCUGCCAAAGUUGGUAAUGAAGCAGUUGGUGAGUAGAUUGGAUGUGGCAAUGUUCAAUGCUAUUCUUCGUGAAUCCAUCGAAGAAAUGCCAACAGAUCCAAUAUUUGAUCCUAUAAGUGACCGUAAGAUCCUUCCAAUUCCAGCAGGAAAAUCAAGCUUUGGUGCUGGUGCACAGUUGAAAAAUGCUGUUGGGAGCUGGUCUGGAUGGCUUACAGAUCUUAUUGGCUUUCAAGAUGAAGUUUCACCCGAGUAUAAUAACAUCUUUGGGAAUGACAAGAAACAAGAAUCAUUCAAGGCUUUUCAUCUCCUUAAUGCAUUGAGCAACCUCAUGAUGCUUCCAUUUGAAAUGCUCAUAGAUGCAUCCACAAGAAAAGAAGUCUGCCCAAUAUUUGGUCCAGCUUUGAUCAAAAGAGUUCUCACCAAUUUUGUUCCAGAUGAUUUCCGUCCUGAUCCAAUUCCAAUGAAUGUCUUUGAGGCCCUGGAUUCUGAAGAUGUAACAGAUGCUCCUGGAGAAUUGCUGACUAGCUUCCCGUGCACUUUCACAUUGCCUGUCUAUACAUCUCCUCCAGCAUUGUCUCUCACUACUUUUAUAGAGAAGGUUGGCAAUCAAGCUCCAAAGAUUAGGGGGUCAUCUGUACUCAAGAAAACGUACACCAGCGAUGUUGAGCUUGAUGAGCUGGACUCACCGUUUACUUCGUUCCUCGCUGAUAGCUUCAAGGAUUAUCCAAAUUUAGCAAAACCUGCUAGAAAUAUUGUCAGAUACCAGCUUCUCCGUGAAGCGUGGAAGGAGGUUCAACAGUGAGGAGACCAGCAAGUUUACAUAUUUGGUCAGUUCCUGCCUUGUAAGAAAUGAUGUUAUUUUCCUUUCCACUGAAGAACAAACAUUUCCGAGUACUUGUUGCAAUUGGGAGUUGUAACUAUCUUUGUUUCUAGUUUUUACACUGUUAAAAAGAGUACCACAUAUAUUUGAUCCGGAGUAUCUCAAUGACAUAUCAGAAAUGUAGAUAGUGCAA